AUGAAUCGGUUCUUAAAGCCAUCACGGCUUGACUUGGGUUCCAGUUCGACAACAGCUGCAAAAGAAUGGAAGCACUGGCAUAGAACUGUCUCGAACUUUAUUGAGGAGUGUGGGGAAGAAGCGCCCGACAAAUUCCGAACUCUGAUUAACUAUGUAUCGCCUAACGUCUACGAUUACAUCGAAGACUGUCACAAUUAUGAAUCCGCCGUUGAAAUAUUACAUAAUCUGUAUGUUAAAGCACCUAAUGAGGUGUUUGCUCGACAUUUAUUAGCGACACGGUGUCAGCAACCUGGUGAGUCCAUUCACGAAUUUUUACACGAACUACGAAAAUUAAGCAAAGAUUGUAAUCUAAAGGCCGUUACAGCAGAACAACACAGGGAGUUACUGUUGCGUGAUUCAUUCAUCAAUGGUCUUUUGUCUCCACUAAUACGACAGCGUCUACUGGAAAAUAAAACUCUUGAUUUACAAACAGCUUAUGAUCAAGCAAAGUCCUUAGAUUUAGCCCAAACGAAUUCUGAAGCCUAUACUUUAUCAAGUGGGAACUCGGCUGCAACAAUUACUACUCCACCACCCAAUUCCAUUAAUAAUGAGGAUCAGCACACAUCAGAGGAAACAGAACAUUACGCUCAUGCUGCCACGUAUAAAAGGUGUUAUUUUUGUGGUGGUUCCGUCCAUAACAGACGAAUGUGUCCAGCCCGCGAAGCAUUGUGUAAUAAAUGUAACAAGAAAGGUCACUUUGCAAAGGUUUGCAAGUCUAAAGGUAAUCCUAGUCACACAAGUACAACUGCUGCCCUCUUCUCACCAACAAUAUGUGCCAUGAAUGCAUACCCAUCUAGCCUCUCGCAUGCUGUGAUAAAUGUACACAUAAAUGGAUGUAGCUUAUCUGCACUUGUAGAUUCAUAUAGUUCUGACAGUUUCAUUAGUGAGAAAGCUGCCAAUAAGUUAAAACUGGAGGUCCGUGCGUCAAACCAGAAUAUUUAUAUGGCACAAACCACUAUGAACACUAAAAUAUCUGGGUACUGCGUUACUGACAUUAUUCACAAUGGUCAGCACUAUACAGGUACCCGUCUUGCUCUCCUGAAGGAUCUGUGCAGUGAUGUCAUCCUCGGUUAUGAUUUUCAGAAGCAACAUAGUCGUUUGACUUUUGAACUGGGAGGAUCUGGACCUGAACUUAACGUUAACUCGACUUCAACGUGUGCACUUUCGGCUGCCACAGUUGAUGAACCAUCACUGUUUGAUAACCUCCUGCCAAAUGCCAAGCCUAUUGCGACAAAAUCGCGAUACUUCAAUAAGGAUGACAGAGAUUUCAUUCAGUCGGAAGUGGAUCGUCUUACACCAGAGGAUAUUAUCGAACCCAGCACAUCCCCAUGGAGGGCACAAGUAGUUGUUUUGAAGAAUUCAGAGAAAGGUUAG